AUGGCAGGAAUUCCUAAACUACCUGGAUUCACUUUUAGUGACCCAACUCAAAGUAGAUUCCACGUUAGUCAUACAUUCGACAUUAUCAACGGUUACAAAUUACCCAAAACGAAUUACUUUGCUCCUGGUGGUAGAGAAUUAGAUUCUAAUUCUGUGAAAUGUUUCCAAAAAAGCGACGUAGCCAUGUUCGAUCCAUCUUUAACGUACGGCCGUACGAAAACCGAAGCGUUACCUCAAUUUAUUCCACACUAUGUGCUUUAUUCUCAAAAAUGUUUGACUUUUCAAGCGUUUUUCAAGCAGGGCGUUGUGGAAUCACCAAACGAAUUUUAUAGGGUCCGGAAAGUUAAUAUAAUUUAUUUCUUAGAAGACGAUACUAUAACGGUUAUGGAACCAAGAACAAAAAAUAGUGGAAUCGAUCAAGGAAGACUAGUGAGAAGAGGUAGAAUUCCCAAAAAUCAAAGAGGUGAAUUUUGGCAUUGGAAAGAUUUAAAUGUCGGUAAAGAUUUGGUGUUUAACGGCGUUGUAUAUCAUACUGUAGAUUGCGAUAAAUUUACUAGGGAAUACAUGGCAAGUCAAGGUUUAAUGAUGCAAGAUGCCGAGGAAAUGCCUGUAGAUCCGUAUACAUUCAACAGAGAGUUAUCUGUAAGAACUAAUGUUACUAAAAGUAAAUCUUCUGAUGAUAAACUAAGAAGGUUUUUGGAAUACGAUGGAAAAGUCCUCAAAUUUAAAGCCGUUUGGGAUGACAGAGAAAACGAGUAUGGAGAACUGAUGAAAUACGAAAUUCUGUAUUUCUUAGCAGAUGAUACCGUGUCUGUAAAAGAAGUACACGAAAAGAAUGACGGUAGAGAUCCUUAUCCAGUAUUAUUGAGAAAAAUGAAAUUACCAAAGAGAUAUAAUGAUACUCCUUCAACAUAUCCAGCUAUCUAUUUGGAAUUAUCUGAUGCGGAAGUGACCGAAUAUUAUCAACCCAAAGAUUUCCAAGUAGGCGAAACUAUAUUCGUUUUGGGACGUGAUAUGCUACUGUACGAUUGCGACAACUUUACUAAACAAUAUUUCAAAAUAGCUCUAGGUAUAGAACAGAAGCCCGCCAUUGAUAUUAGUGAACGUCAAGAAAAGCCACCAGUUACGCAAAUCCCUCCGCACGAUGGACUGGGAUCUCUCGAAGAUUCAUUGCAGAACACUCUCACUUUCUUACCGAAACCACCGAGAAAAGAUGUUAUGAAGCAGUUGUUGAAUGCUAAUAAAUUUUUAAGGUAUGAAAUGGUGAUGGACACCGUUCAUCCAGAAGAUACUAUUCGAAAGUUUGUUUUAACUUACUCUUUGGCAGAUGGUACCUGCAAAAUAACUGAGCCGCCUAUCAAAAAUUCUGGUAUAUUGGGCGGAAAAUAUCUGCAAUCUACUUUAUUGAAGAAACCUGGUUCCGAUCCGCUGAAUCCAGAUUAUUAUUCCCCUGUAGACUUCUAUAUAGGAGCAGGUAUAUCUAUAUUCAAUCAAAGAUUUACCAUUGUCGGUGCCGAUUUACACGUUUACCGUUAUAUGGAAUCUAAUCCCGGUAAAUUCCCAUGCGAAGUUAUCGAAAAUAUAAGAAAUUACAUGUUUGACAAAGGAUAUUUGAAAGAUGAUGUCGAGGAUCAAAUGAAAGAAAAUAUCGAAUCCGAAAGGCAAUGGGACGUCGAUACAAGUGCUGGUCAACCUACCUCCGAUCUAGAAAAAUGUUACAAGGAAUUAAAAGUGGGUGGAGGUGCGGAUCCAGAAAAAGAACAAGCAAUCAAGGACGAAAUUCGUCGUCAAUACGAAGAAAGUAUUGUUCAUAAGUCAUCUAUACAACCUUAUGGUGUUAAAUCUGUCAGCAAGGAAUGCCCAUAUCCUGUUGUCAUUGGUGAUGUGAAGAGUGGAGAAUGCAAAGAAGAUGAACAAGCAGGGGAAUACACAUCAUACACGCCGAAACAUAUAGAUACGCCCGAAGAAACGACAGCAAAAUAUUACGCGGGAAUUUUGAAAACUCAAAAAGGAAUCUGUGACGGCUCAAUUCCGAUAGAAUGUACCGAUCCCCCAGCAAGAGGAGCUAAUGCUAUUUGUAAUGAAGAAAACUCCAGGCCUAUUAUGGUUGCCAAACCUGAUAUUCCGAUACAAGAAUGUAAAGUUAAAUCAGUUACUUUCGCUGAGGAGACAGGAGACAGAUGUAAUAGAGAUAGAAAUGAUUUAUGUGACUUGAAAAAAGAGAAAACACAUUGCGGUUGCACAGAUUAUCAAAAAGACUGUGUCCAUUCGUCGAAAUGA